AUGAUAAAAGUGCGAAUAUUCCGUAUGUUUUUUAUACUAUGCAAAAGGUUAAUACGAUUAAGGUCUUAUCAAAAAAAAUUCAGAACAAAAAACCCUAUAAUUGAUACGAACAUUGAUAACUGAGUCAAAGUAUGAUUUUCGACAGAAAUAUUGGGCAUAAGCAACAGUCAUUCGCUCGCUUUGUUCAGAGCAAUAUUUCAAAUAUUUGUUUUUCCAACAUUAAAUUUAAUUAGAAAUUGACAAUACUAGAAAAUUGCAAAAUAAACAUGACAAUCACAAUAAGAAAGGCACUCAAAGGUGAUAUGCCCGUCGUCUAUGAGCUGAUGAAGGGUUUGGCUGAGUACAUGCAAGUAGGAAGUCCACCAGCGAUUCAUUUGGAUGAUUUGUAUAGAGAUGGUGGAUUUGACGGUGGUCACGCUUAUUUCUUCGUUCUUCUGGCCGAAGAUUCAGAUCACAAAAAUCCAGACGGAUCGCUUGCUCCAGUUGGAUAUACGAUGUAUUCCUAUAUAUACUGCUUGGGCGGAAAAUCGAUGUUUAUGCGGAAUAUGUUUGUGAAGCCAUCACAUCGUCUGAAAGGUGUUGGUAAAUUAAUUUUCGGGGAACUAGUGAAAUAUGCCAAGGAAACGGGAUGCCAUCGAAUGGAAUUUCUUGUGCCUGAAUGGAAUCCGGCAAAGGAAUUCUAUAAGAAAAUGGGCGCGGUUAAUUACACGCUUCGAACAGGUUACGAAUAUUAUCGUCUAAAUGAAGAUGCUAUCCACCACUUUGGUCAAGAAUGAUAUCAGCGUGAAAAUCAAACGAAGGCAUUAGAAUUUAUUUUUUAGCAAAUUAUCUCAUGGCUUUGAUUCCGAAUGAAAAUAAAGUUGGUAAAACAAACAAA